AUGCAGAGCACCAUGGCCAAUGAUCUGAGCAGACAUUUCUCCCACGAUUACGAGUGGGAACUAGACCCUCAGAUCCUCAAACAGAGAUUCCUGACCUGGGGUUUACAGAAGCAGAUAUCUUUGCAAUUACCACCAACAGAAAGUAACUUUGAGCAGGCCAACGAGGAGCUGAGGGCCAUUAUCAAGAAGAUCUGGAAGAGAACUAGCAUGAAACUCCUGGACCAGGUCAUUCCACCAAUUGGAGAGGAUGAGGUGACCGUGGGCAAGUUCUACGCGACCUUCCUCAUCCAGGAGCACUUUAGGAAGUUCAUGAAGCGCCAGGAGGAGUAUUAUGGGUAUCGGCCCAAAAAGAACGCCAUUGCUAUCCAGGCCGGUCUGAGAAGCAUCGAAGAGGAAGCCGCGCCCGAGAUACACCGAGCGAUCUCUGGGGACCUGACCGCCGAGGAGGAGCUGGAGAGGGCCAUGAUGGAGGCAGCGAUUGAGGAAGGGAUAUAUAGG